AUGGUGGCCGUGGCUGGAGAAGAUGAAUGGUUGGAGUUGCCCGCGUUGAACAUCGCAGUGCUUCUAAACUCACUUAUAAGCUCACAAACAAAUAGCCAAGAGAGCUAUACAGGGAAGAUCGGCUGGUAUCGGGCGGCGCUGGUCAGUGAGAUUGUCGACGGCAGGACCGUUCGCUGCAUGCCAAUAAGCUCUGCUGCAGAUUUUUCAGCACUAAUGGACGAGGAUGAAGCCGCUAAAGUGCCGCCAGUGACCACUGCGUUGAGGGUCCCGUCGAUGGUCUAUGUUAAUAUGAAGGAGCCGCCGCAGAGCUGCAUCAAAUGCGCUAUUGGUAAACGUCGCCAGGAGCAACAGCUCUUUCAGCUGACAGGCAUAGAAACCCCGCGCGUCGAUUUUGAUGAGGCGCAUUUGGCGGACCCUGGCCGUUGCUCCUCAACGAGGGCUUACGGAAGCCAACACAUGGACUUGGAAGCGGAACCAAUGGGUACUGCAUCUGCUGCCUCGCUGUCAGACCUAGUAUUGGGCAGGGUGGUGCUGCUGCAGAUAGACAGUAUAGACGGCGAUGAAGGCUGGCACGGCAGGAUGCUGUUGCCUGCCGUUUGUAACUCUCAAGUCGAGGGGGAGGACAAAGUUGAAAAGCUGUACAAACUUCUGGCGAGCAAGGCGAUGGCGUGGGAAGAGGCGCUUAAUGGAGAACUGGAGGAUUUGCCCGAAUCUGAAAGCGAAUGGGACCGUGUGGAAGCAAUAGCGCGACUGAUCAUGGAACGGCGAGAUGCAGAGGGAGUGGAGGACAUCUUGACGUUCUUUUUUGGAACAGUUUUCGACUGCUCCGUCUGUCCUCCUACAAUGGCUGUCACGGACGUGGCAUAUGUCAUGCUGUUUCGCGGGCUUGCGUGGGUGGAUGCGCGGAGCCUAUUCAGGUUUUCCGAAGAAAACCGAGGCGAGUCGGUGCAACAUAUGCUGGCUGUGCAAGAAGGAGCCGAGACGCAGCGCCGAGGGUUGUGGAGUCUUCCCUUCGACUUGUUUGAAAAGUUGCCUGUACCUGACCGUCGCCGCUUCAGUGGAGAGCGAAGUGACUUUCCAGCGUUGCUGAUUGCGCAGCUGCUUAACCAUGCACAGGCCCUUGAGGGGGAGGCGAGGAAGCAUAAGAAUCGAAGAAUUCAGCAACGCUUUUUCGCAGCUUUAGUUGUUAGGGUUGUUGACGGUGACACUGUUCGUUUGGUUCCGGUUCUUUCAGACGAGGCUGUUAGACUACAUGUUGAUCCUGCAGAGAGACUGAUGAUGACGAAAGUCAAGGGGGCGAUGAGCGUAUCCACAAGAUGGAUUAUGGAUUGUCCUUAUUGCCCAGAAGUGGAGUUGAGUUCUUGGUCGAGUGAAGAGAAGAGUGAGGAGAACAUGUCGAUGGAUAGCCGCUCCAUUCUUACACAAGUUUAUGGUAUCGAUGCACCCGAAAUACGUGUUGGUGGAAUCAGGCAACGCUAUGCAGGUCGCUCAAAACACAGACGGGCAGAAGAUUAUGGCAGUUUUUAUUUGGAUAGUGGUGGACAGCCACUUGGAGUAGCGGCCACGCGAGCCCUCGCAGAGUUAGUAUUGGGGCGCGUGGUCCUUGUGAAGAACUUGGGGGACGAUUGCCACAAUCGACUAGUGGGGCGAAUCUUCGUUCCUGCAGUGUCUGACGUUCUGAUAGAUAAGAGGAAGAAAUAUAAGAAGUUCUUCGCCGCAUUGCUUUCUAGAAUGCGUGCACAGGGGCUCGUGAAGGGUCCUCUGGCCCCUGGAGUCAAAGGUGUAGUGGAGGCCGUAAAGAAGCUAUCUAGGGAGGAGGUAAAGGGCCUGGACCUGCAGUCCACAAUUCUACAAUGCCUGCAAGAAAUACGGCUGGACACUAUCAGUGGUCUGGUGGAUGCAAGUGAGGAACUGCUUCGGAGGGGACUGGCUAUUGUAUACAAGGGAUGGAAUGUCAAGUAUGAUGGAGACACGCAAAAAGAACGCCUUAAUCAUUUGGAGAGUACCGCCGAAAGAAGGCUUUGUGGGCGAUGGGGCUUACCAGAAUAUUGUCGAGUUGACCCGAAGGAUUUCCGCAGGGAACACGGGAGGAACCGUGGAGGAAAGCCUCGAGCAAACCGCGGACAUUGCACAGAUGCGCUUUUGGGGAUUAAGGAAGCUGUCAGCAUUCCUGAAAGGAAAUCUGAGACUGCAGGUACUUAG